CCAGAAGGCUCUUGGGAAGUCAGCUGUGUCUGGUGUAGAAGAAAAGGAAAACCUGCAAUGAAUUAAAGAAUCCAAGUUGUGUUGAGAGAUUCUCAUUUGGUGAGUUCAACCCACAUUCCAACACUAAUGACCCUGGUCCAGGGCCCGGGAUCGGGGACCAACGGGACUGCUCAAGGACAGAAUGGAUCGGGAUCAUGUCCCAUCAAUGGAUCGACGGGAAACAGCGUUGGAUCAGGCGGUAAUGGGAGAGCGGCUCCUUCAGCAACAACGACGACGAACUCGUCGUCGACGACGUCGACGACAACAUCCACGGCGGCGAUCACGAAUUCUGCAACAAUCCUGUCGUCCAUGGGCCUGUCUACGGGAGGGUUGUCGUCUGUUAGUCACAACGAAAGCCAUUUCCCUCCCACCUGUCCCAAAUCGGCUCCAAGUAGUCCCAAGGCCACGAGAUCAACCAGAACUUUUACGGAUUCCUCAGUCCAUCACAAAGCUUCGAAAGCAACAAUCCGGGACUUAUCCCAAUUACCAAACGUGGGAGCUGGGCUGGGUCUGGCUUUUGGAGGCGGAGGGGGUGGAGGCGGCGGAGGGGCCGGUGCAGGAUGUGUCGGAGGCGGAGGGAGUGGCACAAACGGAGGAAACGGAGGAGGUGCAUUGAACAACAAUGGCAAUACCUCCUCGGAAAAUGAACGCCCCAAUGAACGAUCCAGCAAACCAUCUUUUAUGGGCAGUGCUAUGGUGUCUAAUAGUGCCAAUGGCAACGCCACAACCGCCACAACCCUCAGCAAUAGCCAAAGCCCUCUCAACAGUCAGAAUAACUUGUAUCACAAUCACAACAAUCUGUCAAUUGGCAACUUGGGCGCCCUAAAAGAAAAAGAGGUUAUCCAGGGCAAGAUCUCGAGUCAACCUUCCCAUGACUCGGAUUCGGAUUAUGGGCCUCCAGCCAUUCCGCCGUCAACGUCAAAUAACCGCUCACGCCAGAAAAAAUUCAUGAAGACAUUCAGUCAGUUGCCACAAGAAGAGGUUGUAUUACAAAGAUACUCGUGUGCUCUGGUGGCUGAUAUCUUACUUCAGGGACAUCUCUACAUUACGGAAAACUACUUUGCAUUUUACUCGAACGUCUUUGGCUACAUCACGAAGCUCCAAAUCCCAAUCCGAUCGGUGAUCCGGAUCUCGAAAGAGAAAACGGCUCGUAUCAUUCCAAAUGCAGUAGGCCUCACCACAAACGAGGAGAAACAUGUGUUCUCGUCCCUCUUAUCUCGCGAUUCAACCUUCAAGUUUUUGACCCACGUUUGGAAAAGAGCCCUAAGGGAUCAAGUGCUCAGAGAGGCCCAGGAUCUUGAAGACGUGGCCGACUCUCCGGAGAAUCCCCUGGAAACAGAGUUGGAUGACGAAGUCGCCAUUCAACACUCAAGCGAAUCAGACGGACACACAGAGGAUACUCAUGUACCAUCCCCUUGCGACACGGUGGACUCGGCCUUGGAGUCUUCAUACAUGGUCAAACGAAUGAGUCUUGGAACCUCGGGCAACCUCACACCCACACCAAUUCCCACUCGGUUCACGCCAAGGGCCUCCCAUGCUCAGUUGGACCACGUGCCAAAAGACGAUAGUAAAACGAGCUUUGAAUGGAAGCACUAUUGCCAAACGACGUACCUUACCACUGCACUGGUGGUAACACUCCUUCUGUUCCUCUUCUGUUCAUCUUUAUAUCUGGUAUACAGGGUACAUGAACUACAACUUCAGGUUGAAUCUCAUUUGAAUGAGAAGCCAAAACCGACUCUCCCGAAUUGGUUGUCAUACUUUGAUCUGGGGGAAUCUGAAGAACUCAAAAAAAUACUGACAAGUAAUGUCGAUCAGAUAGCAGAGGUCAGGAAGAACCUGGAAAAACUGUCAGACAUUAUAAAUAAGGGCCUAAUAUCAACCUCAGAUUUGAAUGAAGUAACGGAAUAAAUUUAUAAUUUGAUCUAUCAACAUCUUAGAUGACUAGGCCUCGGAUUUGAGACUGAUAUUUUUCGCUCUUGUUUACAAGAAUCACCUUUAUCCUCAACAUUAACCGAUUUUCUUGUAUUAUAAGUUCGCCAAAAGUAGAUACACUAACAGGUUCAAUCACAAUUUCUGUUUCGCUUUUGACAAUAUGGCCGUAUGAACUUGAGUUUUAAAAGCUGAACAAUUUCAUAGCCUAUACGUAGGCUUACCUUGAUGUCGUCAAGUUAAGACCUGGACAAGUGCACUUUUAAGUGUCCCUUAUUUGAUUUUGACUUAUGACCUUAUCACUGCUUUUCAAAGUCGAGUCACCUCGAAUUUGAAGAUUCAUUUUUCUUAUGAAAAUCCGAGUUCUAGUGAUGAUAAGACGAUUUGUGAGUUUAACGGUGGCUAGCAACAUUCUAGAAGGUUGUACAAAACCCCUUUCAAAUGAGACUUUCCGAGCGUUUCAAGGAGAUGUCGUGUUUCUCAAUAGGACGACUACUUAAGGUCCGUUUUAAAUGCCAAAUCUAGAGAGAUCUACUAUAAAGCACAUGAAAUAUGUACGCUAGUCACGCAGAAUCAAUAUUUACAGACCUUUGUACAGUGACUAGAAACUGGAUGUACCGCCACAACGGGAAUGAGAAGGAUUCGACGUGAUAACCAAGACAUUAUCCAACGAGUCAUGCCGAGUGUGUGAAGUAUGUGUGUGAACCGUUAUUGUUUCUCCGAUUUUGAACUUCAGGAUGGACAGAAACUAAGAAUAAUGUGUGUCUGAACUGUGAUAUGACCACGGAUAUUUUAAGUUUACCUUAUAUCUCACACAAGUUGGAAAAUAAAUUUUGUAGCCAAGUUGUGAAAA